UUGGCAACGGUCCCCAACAACCUUGCCGGGAGGCCCUGGAGCUCCGCGGUGCUGUUGCGCCUACGAGGGACCUGCCCAACGUACGUCCCAAUUACGGGUGGGACUGUGGGCCUGCCCCGGCGCCGCCGCUCCUGCGCCCUCGACAGCGAAAGGGAUUGACUGACGCUACUUGGAUUAAUUUGACGAUCUCCUAAGAGACUCGAAGUUAAAUUUCUAUAAACAAAUAAACUAGUUCUCUCUCAUUUGGAGCAAUGCUGAAGUUCCAAGAGGCUACUAAAUGUGUGAGUGGACCAAUAGCCCUUUCUGCUUAUCCAAAGACCUUGAUUGCAAGAAGAUACGUAGUUCAACAGAAACUUGGUAGUGGAAGUUUUGGAACUGUCUAUCUGGUCUCAGACAAGAAAGCAAAACAAGGAGAGGAAUUAAAAGUACUGAAGGAAAUCUCUGUGGGAGAACUCAAUCCAAAUGAGACUGUGCAGGCCAAUUUGGAGGCCCAGCUCCUUUCCAAGCUGGACCACCCAGCCAUUGUCAAGUUCCAUGCAAGCUUUGUGGAGCAAGAUAAUUUCUGCAUUAUCACCGAGUACUGUGAGGGCCGAGAUCUGGACUGUAAAAUUCAGGAAUAUAAAGAAGCUGGAAAAACCUUUCCGGAAAGUCAGAUAAUCGAAUGGUUUAUCCAGCUGUUGCUAGGAGUUGACUACAUGCAUGAAAGGAGGAUACUUCAUCGAGACUUGAAAUCAAAGAAUAUAUUUCUGAAAAAUAAUCUGCUUAAAAUUGGGGAUUUUGGAGUUUCUCGACUCCUAAUGGGAUCCUGUGAUCUAGCCACCACUUUAACUGGAACUCCUCAUUACAUGAGUCCAGAGGCUCUGAAACACCAAGGUUACAACACAAAGUCGGACAUCUGGUCUCUGGCAUGCAUUUUAUAUGAGAUGUGCUGCAUGAACCAUGCGUUCACUGGCUCCAGUUUCUUGUCCAUUGUUUUAAAAAUUGUUGAAGGUGACACGCCUUCCCUCCCCCAGAGAUACCCAAGAGAACUGAAUACCAUCAUGGAACGCAUGUUGAACAAGAGUCCUUCAUUGAGACCAUCUGCUAUAGAAAUUUUAAAAAUCCCUUACAUUGAUGAACAACUACAGAUUAGAAAUUGUGAUGCAGAGAAUCUACCUCUGGUGCACCUGAUGUGUAGAUAUUCGGAGAUGACUCUGGAAGACAAGAAUUUGAAUUGUCAGGAGGAGGCUGCUCAGAUAAUUAAUGCCAUGCAAAAAAAGAUCCACCUGCAGACUCUGCGGGCGCUGUCUGAAGUGCAGAAAAUGACACCAAGAGAAAGGAUGCGGCUGAGGAAGCUCCAGGCAGCUGAUGAGAAGGCCAGGAAGCUGAAAAAGCUUGCAGAAGAAAAAUAUGAAGAAAAUAACAAACGAAUGCAGGAGUUGAGAUCUCGGAACUCUGAGCAGCUAACUAUUGAUGUUCUCCAUGAAUCUGAUGACCUGACUUCAGAGAACCUGCCUGAGUCUCAGCCCAUUCCUUCCUUGGAUCUUGGCCCACUUGAGUCAAGUGUAGAAGACACCAUAGCUGACCUUGGAGAUCAUGGUCUCACUGAGUUCUUCCAUUCUUUUUCCCAGUCUGACAUCCCAGAAGACCCACUUGUGGCUGAAGAAUAUUAUGCUGAUGCAUUUGAUUCCUGUUCUGAAGAAAGUGAGGAGGAGGAAGAAGAAAUAGUGUUCUCAGGACCGGAGGAAGAGGUUAAGGAUGAAGGACCCCAGUCUGCUUAUAGAACAAUCCAACAGGACAGUGAUAUUGAAGCACUGGUCAGGUGUUUGGAAAAUGUCCUCGGUUGCACCUCUCCAGAUGCGAGGACGAUCCCCAGCACAGCUCCAGACGUGUCCCCGAGACUAACAACGUUCAACAGCACAGUGGCCGCGACCAAGGUGAAACACAUGAGGGAGUCACAAGACAUGGAUUCCAUCUUGCUUUCUCUUGGAUAACUCACACUCUGAAGGAAGCUGGCUACCAUCUUGUGAGGACACUCAAGCAACUUUAUGGAGAGAUCUAUGUGAUACAGAAUUGAGCCUUCUGGCAACAGCCAGCGCCAAGUUGAGCCACCAGGAAAGCAAAUUCUCCAGCCCUAAUCAUGCCUUCAUUUGACCGUAGCCCUUGCUUACAUCUGGACUAAAACAUCACAAGAAACUCUCUGGAGCCAGAGCCAUCCAGCUAAGCCAUUCCUUAAUUCCUGACCCACAGACAAUGUGAAAUAAUAAGUGUUCACUGUUGUCUUAAGCCAUUACAUUUCCCAAUAUGAUUCAGUAAUAGAUCACUAAUAUAGAAGGCAAUGCUCAGAUCUGAGCUGCUGUGUUCUAUAGCCAGGGGCAGCCCCUAAAGAGAUAUCACCAGGGCAUGGCUUUUAGCUGCCUCAUGAAACUGUGUGGAGGGCAGGUUUGGACAGCAUGAGACUGGGGGCAGGACGGAGAGGUAGUCAGUUGUGUCCAGGUGAGAAAAGUUCAAGUCAGGGCACUGAUGAUGAGGGAGCAUAAGUCAAGCUGAAGCAAAGUACAGGCCAACAGCAUCCCCUCUCCCCACCAGGUGGGAUAUGUGUGAUAGUCCUCAGGCACUCCUGGCUGCCCAAAAACAGAAGAAAGGAAAGAAAGCAAAUGGUUGACUGAUAGAGAUCAUGGCCAUGCAGGACAGGAGUCUCCUUCAGUUUAUGGAUAACUUAGUAAACUGCAAGAAAAGGCAAUCUUAUCCAUAGCCUAAUCUCUAGAAACCUACGGACUCCAUUUCCUGGAGCCCUAAUAUCACCCUCAUCAAGAUAUAAGGAGGCUUAAUUGCUUGAUAUGGUAAUGUGGGAAACUAAAGGAAAUGAAAAAUUAAAUUUCCUUACUGCCUACACCCCACUGACAAGUCCUUGAAACAGGUAGAGUGACCUUCCUCUAGGAGCUCAGUUGCCUUGAUGAUGACACUUGCUAGGGCUUGGCUUAACAUGAUCCUGAUCCCCCAGGAUCCUGUGAGUCUCCUUAAACACAUAAAAAUUCCUUUGCAAGCUCCCUUUAUCUUUAACCCCCAAGUAUAUGUUAGCAAUUAUACUCCAAACCUAUGACCCAUGAUACACAUCUGAAGGGUCUCAUGACUGAGGUUUUACUAAACAGUAAUAACAAUGUUUUCCUACUAACCACUAGCCUCUCAAGGUCCUAGAAACCUUGCUUCCAAAAUUGCUUAGAGAUUCACACUGUCCCUAACCCCAUUCCAACCUGAAGGUAUAUAAUCAGUCACUCUUCACAACCCUAGGCAGUGCUUUCUGCCCACGGGUCCUGUCCCCAUGCUUUAAUAAAAAUCACCUUGCACCAAA